GGAAGAGUCUGCAGGGUUGUUGAACUUCUCAACACAAUGCACAUAAACUCGAUGCAGUGGUCGUUCAGAUAGCCUCUCCUUGAAAAACUUUGGGCCGAUUUGAUAUGGCACUUCGCUUGGUCGAGAUUCAUUUCUGUACCGUCCAGCAGUACAGAACCAUCAACAAAAUCAACACUGACAUUGAGAUUAUGUCCCACAUCCUUGGCUCGUUUACGAAAACUGGGAAAUGCCUUGUUUCCAUCAUGAGUCUAGACAUGCUUCACAAGAGGAUCAUGAGACAAAUAAAUGUGAAAAACAACAACAUGAAGGUAGCCAUCUUCCUCCUCUGUCUCCUGCCUCUGGCCUUUGCUGAGAAAAGGGAACUGCUAGGAAACAUUCUUAACGGCGGCCAAAUUCAAAAUCUCAUCACCUCUGUGAUUAAGAGGUAUGGCAUACAUGCAAACGUGUGGCAGUGUGAGAAGGAGUGUCUGGAACUCUUCACCAACCACAUCCUCGACCUCGGCUGCGACUUCACCUGCAAGGGAAUCCAGAGCCUUAUUCAGAAGUUUCACAAGAACUAA